GUGCGAACAUGGAGCUUUGCCUGAAUGAGUCCUCGUAGCCGUGUGGCUGCCUUCUGACAUGAACAGCAGACGCGCAGCUCUACCCAGGCUGCCCAAGGUGUAAACCCUGGUUCUAAAGCACCAUGUCCUGCAAAGCAAGUCCGGGUGUGAGGGCUUCCACCACGACGGUCAGCUCUGUCGCUGUGCAGGCUGGGGACUCCAAGAUCGUGAUAGCCGUUGUAAAGUGUGGCAAAUGGGUACAACUUCAACUGGCUGAAUCCCAGCCUAAUCUUCUAGAAAUUGGGAGCAGUCAAAAUGAAACCAAAAAGCUGCUUCAUGACCAUGAACUUCUUUUGGCCAAGCUCAAGGCUUUGGAAGAUCGCGUGUGGGAACUCUUACAGGAAGCAGACAAGACCGCUGAAGAAAACAAGUCUCAGAGUCAGGUCUAUGAUGCCAUGGCCCAGACCCUGGGAGAAGCGUGGACAGCCCUGGUCUCCAUGCUUGAAAGAAGGAGGGAGCUCCUUAGGCUGACUUCUGAGUUCUUUGAAAAUGCUUUAGAGUUCGCUAUAAAAAUAGACCAGACUGAAGAUUUCCUCCAGAAUCCUCAUGAGUUUGAGAGCACUGAAGCCUUACAAUCACUUCUUCAGCUUCAUGACCUCCACACCAAAGAACUCUUAGAACGAUCCCUAGCCCUUUUAAAUAAAAGUCGACAACUCACUGACUUCAUAGAGCAAUUCAAGUGUGAAGGACCUAAUGUGAAUUCUGAGUUGACUCAGGGAGCUCAGAGUAGCUGUCUGAAGAUCGACAGCCUCCUUGAACUUCUGCAGGAUCGGAGAAGACAGCUAGACAAGUACUUGCAGCAACAGCGGCAAGAACUGGCUCAGGUUCUGCAGAUAUGUCUGUGGGACCAACAAGAAAACCAGGUUACUUGUUGGUUUCAGAAAGCGAUAAGAGAUUUGCAGGAACAAAGUCUAGGUUCGUCACUUUCAGACAACGAGGAGAUAAUUCGUAGGCACGAGGAAUUGAUAGUCAAAGCAAAGGGAUGGAAUUCCACUGUAGAGAACCUGAAGAACGAGGCGCUGGGGAUUCUCUUGUCAAAAGAUUUUGCAGAGAAAGAACACCUACGGCUCUCUAACCAGAAACUGAAUCGGCUUCAGGAAGAGUUUGGUCAACUCAUGACGGAAAGGAAAAUCUGGUUAACAAUGGCAAACAGUUUUUUUAACAGUGCUAACAAGGCAUUUGAUGUACUUGGAAAAGUUGAAGCUUACCUUAAGCUCCUUAAAUCAGAGGGUUUAAGUUUGCCUGUCUUGGCAGUGAGGCAUGAGGAAUUACACAGCGAAAUUAAAGACUGCACAGCUGAUGCUCUACAAAAGGGACAAACCUUAAUCAGCCAAGUGGACUCCUGCAGCUCUCAGGUGAUAGGUAUUGAGGAGAUGAUGGAAUGCAUUCGGAAACGAGUGGAUCAUCUGACCCAGCAGUGUUCAGCACACAAGGAAUUUGCACUUAAGAAACAGCAAUUAGAAGCAUCAGUGGAGGGGUACCUAAGGAAGGUGGAAAUGUCAAUUCAGGAAAUUAUCCCAGUACUUUCUAAUACAUUGGAUGUCGGUUCCAGCCUUUCUGAAUCCGAGAAGAUUUUAAAUAAAUAUCUGGAGCUAAAUAUCCAAGCUAAGGAGACAGCACAUGCAUUAGAAGCAGCUGCGAAAAUCAUGACAGAGAAAAAUGAACUUGAACCCAAUGAAAUGGCAUCACUUUCUCUUAAAGUGAAAUGGCUAGAGGAAGAAUUAAACACACUAGGCCGAAGCAUCAGGUCCAGAUCACAAGUCCUGCAAACUUACGUGGCAUUUCUACAGUCAUCAGAGGAGAUGGAGAAGCAGCUUCAGAGAAUAAAAGAAUUUUAUCAGGCUGAAAUCCCUCAGGAAGAGGAGGAUGAGGCUGAAGUCAAGCAUCGGUCUGACUCCGCUGAGAAGCAAUGGCAGCUAUUUUUAAAGAAGAGUUUUUUAACCCAAGACUUAGGACUUGAGUUCCUUAACUUAAUGAAUAAGGCAAAAGAGAAUGAGAUAUUGAACGUGAAGAAUGAAAUGCACAUUAUGAAGAAUGUUAUAGAGAAUCAGAUGGCUAGAAGGGAAGAACUCAGUUGCCUUCGGAUGGCGUGGCACCUUAAAGCCACGGAAGGCACACCUGUGAGAGCUCAGUGGGGAGCAUUCAAAGAGAAACUUAAAAAGACUACUCACAACUUAAAACUUCUUCAGGAAAUACUUAUGCCUGUCUCUGCACUUGACCUUGGAGGGAGCCUCCAGACCACUUCAGAUCUUCGAAGAAAGUGGAUUGAAAUGAAGCCUCAGCUCCAGAAUCUGCAUGAUGACGUUCAAUAUAUCAUGAAGGAAUGGGAAGAGCUGAAUGGUAAGGGAGAGCCUGUGAAGGAGAAGUCUCAACAACUGAAGGACCUUAUCUAUCUCCAUCAGAAGCAGACAGAGCAAAUCCAGGAUUAUGAGGAAAUCCUGUACAAGACCAUCCAGUUCCACCAAGUCAGAGAAGAACUGAUGCAUCUCAUCAAAUCAAGAGAAGUGGAGUUUCUAGAGCAGCCCAAGGAACUGGGAGAUACGCAGGAGGUCCAGAUGUACCUUGGUCGUUCUCAGGAAAAGCAGGCACAUGUGGAGCAUCUCCAUCACCUGGCCCUUUCCAUAGGAGUAGACAUCAUUUCAUCAGUGCAGCGACCUAAUUGCUCUAAUAUUUCUGCAAAGAACCUGCAGCAGCAGCUAGAGGUCCUUGAGGUGGACAGCAGGGACUGGCGUGCCAAGGCCACAGAAUAUGAACAGGCCCUGUCCCACAGCUUGGACUGCUGUACCACAAGAGACGAGAUCCAUGAGCUUAAAGAGUCAUUCAAAGAUAUCAAAAAGAAAUUCAACAAUUUGAAGUUUAAUUACUCCAAGAAAAAUGAAAAAUCUCGAAAUCUGAAGUCUCUUCAAUAUCAAAUCCAACAAGUUGAUAUAUAUGCCGAAAAAAUGCAGGCUUUGAGGAAGAAAGUGGAUAAAGUUAAUACUAAAACUUCUGAUUUAUUCUUAAAUUACCCAAGUAAUAAAGUUGAUGUCCUAUUGGAAGCCAUGAGGGAUUUGCAGAAACAUAUGGAUGACUUUGACAGAGUUGUUACAGAUUACAAGAUGAAUUUGGACCUGACUGAACACCUCCAGGAAUUAAUAGAAGAGUGCAACUUUUGGUAUGAAGAUGCAAGUGCUACAGUUGUAAGAGUUGGGAAGUACUCCAUGGAGUGCCAAACAAAGGAAGCUGUGGACAUUCUCCACAAGCAGUUCAAUAAGUUUAUUGCUCCCUUGGUGCCUCAGCAAGAAGAAAGGAUUCAGGAGGUCACUGACCUUGCGCAGCGCUUAUACGGUUUGGAGGAAGGACAGAAAUAUUCUGAGAAGAUUGUCAGAAGACACAAAGAGAUUCUUGAAUCUGUUACUGAAUUAUGCGGGUCCCUCAUAGAGCUUAAAGAAAAACUGAAGUUGUUUGUACAGCAGGGAGAGGUUCUAAAGAUGAGUCCAAAUUUGGAAGACUUUCAGCACAAAUGCAUUGACCCACUAAAAGAACCAGCAAAAAACAAGCAAACAAUAUUCAAAGAAGAAAGGAAUAAGGGGCAGCUGCAGGGAGCAGAUAUCUUGGCUAUCAAUGAAACAGGGGAAGAUGAGCUUGCACCAGACCUGGGGCAGUCCUCUGCAAACACGGGAAGUGCCCAGGGGCUGAUCCUACCCGAAGACAUGUUGUCUGGAGAAGAAUCUGAGUGUAUCUCACCUGAUGACAUCUCCUUGCCUCCACUUCCGGCAAGCCCCGAGUCGCCCCUGGCACCAUCAGACAUGGAGGUGGAAGAGUCUGCCAGCUCCUCAGGUCUCACUCUUCACAUCAGCAGCUGCAGGAUGCCAACAGGAACUGGAGGUCCAGGGCAGGCCCAGGAGUCUCUUCUCCCACCACCUGUUCCUUUUGGUGAUGUGUGCAGUGAUAAGAAAGACACAUUUACAAGUCAUUUGGAGAGACCCUACCCCCAAUUCAAAGCCGAAUCCUCAUUAGCCUCCAGAGGAUUAGUGGAAAUGAGUACUGAGUUACACAUCAGCGUUAAGCGUCCAGAGAGCAUGCCCAGUGAGAUGUACGACAGAGCUUUACAGCUUCACUCCCAGGCUCAGGAAAGCUUGCUAAUCACUCGAGAGAAAGUGCAUGCUGAUUCUAACGUCACUAAACCCCAACACAGACUGCAUGCUUCCCCUGAUGCAUGCCCUGGCCUUGGCUCUCCAUCAGACAACAGCCAGGGCCAUCAGAGGCAAAUGGGUCCCCGAGGAGAGACGAAAAACACAUCUGCAGAGAACCGCAUGGUCAGCCUGGCUGGCCAGGCACCUCAUUUCUCCAGGCUGCUGUCCAAUGUAACUGUCAUGGAAGGUUCUCCAGUGACUUUGGAAGUCGAAGUAACAGGAUUUCCAGAGCCUACACUGACAUGGUUCAAGGAGGGCCAGAAAUUGUCUGCAGAUGAACACUUACAGGUUUUACACAAGGAGACAAAACAUUCAGUUUUCAUUCCGAAGGUGUGUGAGGCAGACGCUGGCCUCUAUGUGGCUCAGGCCCAAAACCCAAGUGGCAUCCUGUAUUCCAAUGCCAACCUCCAAGUGACAGGUAACCGUGGGCCACCAAUCACACGAAUAAACUGGAUUGUACUGUGUGUUGUCUAUGUCAGCGUGUCCCUAAUGUACUGGCUACUCGCACAGUAACUGUGCUGUUGGCACCAGUGGACGUUGUUAUGCACCUAAAAGAUAACACAGUUUGUUUAUUUUCGGACACAUCACACACAGCGUCCCUCACCAAUUUAUUUCCACGCUGGCCAUCUUGUUUGUUUGACUAAUACUACUGUUGGGUGAAAUAAUUGAAUUUGCUUUAGAGUUAAAUGCAUUUGAGGAGCUUGGCAAAUUGUGUGCAAUGGGUAAGGAUAUAUUCUUGUAUUCUAGGAAGAGCUAUGUUCUGUAUAAUAUGACACAAAACGAUAUCAUGUUUAUUCCCUCUUAGUCUAAGCACAUGUGACUGCUCAUAUCAGCAUAGACAUGCAAGUUAAUUUUAAAAUCCAAAUGUUUGACAUUGUGUUCAUAAACAUCUCUUUGUGGGGCUUAAGAGUAGAAAUUUCAAAGAAGUUGUGUUUUUUAAAAUAUUGUAUUAGUCACCUUUAAUUGUGUUUUUCAUAUAUUGAUCUCAUUUACUGAAAUACAUUCUAUGUUGUGUCAAUAUACACUACAUUCCUGAGUCUGAGAAUGUCAGUGUAAGUAAUCAUUCCUCAUGCUGAUUUCAUGGACUUCGUGCUGGAGAAUAGAAGUGUCCACUUUACUUUCAGCCUUCCAUUAUCUCUCUAUGUCACACAAGAUGGAACACAGACUGCAGGAGUGGACUGAUGUUCUCUCUGUCCUUGCAUUGCUGUGCUUUACGAGACCGUGAACAUGACUGCAAUCAGAGUCUCCUGCUUCUAGUGUCAAUGCUGCUGCUGCUGAAUACUUACAUAGCUGAUGGCAAAGCAUCUCAGUGCCUCACUUUCCCACCUGGAAAAUGGGCCCAUCUACCUCUUAGCAAUUGGGAGUUUUCACUUCAUGUUCUGUGAUGAUCUGGAAAAUAGGAAGAGCUCUGUGAAGACCCAAUAUGUUGCUUGGUGUAAUUUGCCAUCAUUCUGCUCUGUUGCCUAUUAUUUUUCUUUCAAAUGCUGUUCUUUUAGAAUAUUAAAUUAAGAGUGCUAUUAAUAUGUAA